AUGCCUGCCUCUGAAGCUAGCGACGAGUUCGACCUCGAUGACUUCAUCAUCGAUAUUGACAGCAUUGAAGCUCACGGCAUAGGUGUGGCUGACAUCACGAAACUGAAGGCGAAUGGCUUCUAUACUGUUGCUUCUGUUCACGGAGCUACUCGCAGAACUCUGUUGAAAAUCAAAGGAUUCAGUGAGAUCAAGGUCGAGAAGAUCAAGGAGGCUAUUCAGAAAUGUCUGCCGACUGCGAAUGGGUUCAUCACUGCCAUGGAACUCUGCCAUCAACGGAAGAAAGUGUUCAAGAUCUCUACUGGCAGCAAGCAGUUUGAUUCUAUCCUUGGAGGCGGCUUCCAAAGCAUGAGCAUCAGCGAAGUCUACGGCGAGUUUCGUUGCGGCAAAACGCAGCUGUCCCAUACCAUGUCUGUUAUCGCUCAACUACCCAAGGAAAUGGGUGGCGGAGAGGGCAAAGUGGCCUAUAUUGAUACCGAGGGCACAUUCAGGCCUGAGCGUAUAGCUCAGAUUGCAGAGCGCUUUGGUCUUGACCCGGAGUCUACGCAGGAGAAUAUUGCUUACGCGCGUGCCUUAAACAGUGAGCACCAGCUCGAACUUCUGAAUACGCUUUCGAAGGAGUUUGCUGGUGGCCAGUACCGGCUUCUUGUUAUUGAUAGUAUCAUGAAUUGUUUCCGCGUGGAUUUCUCGGGUCGAGGAGAGCUGGCUGAAAGACAGCAGAAGCUUAAUCAGUUUCUAAUCAGGCUGGCUCAUUUGGCUGAAGAGUUCAACGUCUGUGUCCUGAUGACCAACCAAGUGCAGAGUGACCCCGGAGCCAGUGCCCUCUUUGCAGGCGCUGACGGCCGUAAGCCGGUAGGUGGACACGUUCUUGCCCAUGCAUCGACGACACGGGUGCUACUUCGCAAAGGCCGUGGAGAAGAACGAGUGGCCAAAAUCCAGGAUUCACCAGAUUGUCCCGAGCGAGAGGCGACGUAUAUCAUAACCAAUGGUGGCAUCAACGAUCCGGACAAGGUGUGA